ACUCUCUCUUUCCAUCUCUAACUAUAUUAAUUUCUCUCUAGCGUUGUCGGAGACUCUUUCAGUUUCAGCUUCUUCUUUCUCGUGGAAGCGAAUUGAUCUCUGGUCAGAGCUCUCUCUCUCUCUCUCUCUGUGUGUCUCACUCUGUUUGUAAGCUGCUUCCCCAUGGAAGCAGGGGAAGAUUGUUGCGUGAAGGUUGCGGUCAAUGUUCGGCCACUCAUCGCCGACGAGAAACUUCAAGGCUGCAAAGAUUGUGUCACCGUCGUACCUGGGAAGCCUCAGGUACAAAUUGGCGCCCACUCCUUUACAUUUGAUCAUGUUUAUGGAAGCACUGGUUCUCCCUCGUGUGCCAUGUUUGAAGAAUGUGUUGCUCCCCUUGUUGAUGGUUUGUUCCAAGGAUAUAAUGCUACUGUUCUCGCUUAUGGCCAGACAGGCUCUGGGAAAACGUACACCAUGGGAACUGGCUUUAAAGAUGGUUGCCAAACAGGAAUAGUCCCCCAAGUUAUGAACGUUUUGUUCAACAAAAUUGGAACCUUAAAGCACCAGAUUGAAUUUCAGUUGCACGUUUCCUUUAUUGAGAUUCUUAAAGAAGAAGUAAGAGACUUGCUGGAUCCCUCCUCUAUGAGCAAACCAGAAACUGUAAAUGGACAUGCAGGAAAAAUUACAUCUCCUGGGAAGCCACCAAUACAAAUACGUGAGACAUCAAAUGGUGUCAUUACCCUUGCAGGAUCUACUGAAGUCAGUGUCACAACACUAAAAGAAAUGGCUGCUUGCCUGGAACAGGGAUCAUUGAGCAGAGCAACUGGGAGCACAAAUAUGAACAACCAAUCCAGUCGAUCUCAUGCCAUCUUCACCAUCACUUUAGAGCAAAUGCGGAAGGUGAACAGUCCUAGUGACAACUGUUUAAAUGAUAUCAUGAAUGAAGAGUAUCUCUGUGCCAAGUUGCACUUAGUGGAUCUUGCUGGAUCAGAACGAGCUAAAAGAACAGGUUCUAAUGGUUUGCGUUUUAAGGAAGGAGUUCACAUUAACAAAGGCCUUCUAGCACUUGGUAAUGUUAUUAGUGCACUUGGUGAUGAAAAGAAGCGAAAGGAAGGCGUUCAUGUUCCAUAUAGGGAUAGUAAACUUACUAGGCUUUUGCAGGAUUCACUUGGAGGUAACAGCAGAACUGUUAUGAUAGCCUGCAUAAGUCCUGCUGAUAUUAAUGCUGAGGAAACCCUUAACACUUUAAAGUACGCAAAUCGUGCACGCAAUAUCCAAAAUAAGCCUGUUAUUAAUAGAGACCCCAUGUCCAAUGAGAUGCUAAAAAUGCGACAACAACUGGAGUAUUUGCAGGCAGAACUUUGUGCUCGUUCUGGCGGCUCCUCAGAGGAAGUUCAGGUCCUUAAGGAAAGGAUUGCUUGGCUUGAAGCUUCUAAUGAAGAUCUUUGCCGUGAACUUCAUGAGUACCGUAGUAGAUGCUCUAUUGUACAACAAUGUGAAAAGGAUGCUUAUGAUGGUAGCACAUGCGGCGUGAAGACUGAUGGGCUUAAGAGGAGCUUACCUGUCAUAGCAGCUGAUUAUCCAAUGAGUGAAACAGCAGGGUACCAAUUGCCAAUUUUAGGAGGUGAUUCAAGGGAAAUUGAAGAAGUAGCAAAAGAGUGGGAGCACACACUUCUGCAAAAUAGUAUGGAUAGAGAGUUACAUGAAUUGAAUAAACGCUUGGAGCAGAAAGAGUCUGAGAUGAAGCUUUUUGGAGAAUCUGAUGCUGAAGUACUCAAGCAACAUUUCGGAAGGAAGAUAAUGGAACUAGAGGAUGAGAAGAGAGUUGUGCAGAGAGAGAGAGAUUGUCUUUUGGCUGAAGUUGAAAAUCUUGCUGCCAAUUCUGAUGGACAAACACAGAAAUUAGAGGAUAUCCAUGCCCAAAAAUUGAAAGCACUUGAAGCACAGAUUCUGGAUCUGAAGAAGAAACAAGAGAGCCAGGUCCAGCUUCUGAAGCAAAAGCAAAAAAGUGAUGAAGCAGCAAAGAGACUGCAAGAUGAAAUACAGUCCAUAAAGGCCCAAAAGGUUCAAUUGCAACAAAGGAUAAAACAAGAAGCGGAACAGUUUCGGCAGUGGAAGGCUUCUAGAGAAAAGGAGCUGUUGCAAUUAAGGAAGGAGGGAAGAAGAAAUGAGUAUGAAAGGCAUAAGCUGCAAGCUUUAAAUCAGCGCCAGAAAAUGGUCCUUCAGAGAAAAACUGAAGAAGCUGCGAUGGCCACCAAGAGGUUAAAGGAGUUGUUAGAAGCUCGAAAAACAUCAACUCGAGACACGUUAGUUACAAUGAAUGGAAGUGGAACGAAUGGGCAGAGCAAUGAGAAGUCCUUACAACGUUGGCUUGAUCACGAACUAGAAGUUAUGGUAAAAGAGCAUGAAGUUCGUUUUGAGUACGAGAAACAGAGCCAAGUGCGAGCAGCCCUUGCAGAGGAGUUAGCCAUGCUUAAGCAAGUAAACGAGUUUGCUGCUAAGGGUCUCAGUCCUCCGAGAGGAAAGAACGGAUUUGCCAGGGCAUUGUCCAUGCCACCAAACGCAAGAAUGGCCAGAAUAGCUUCACUUGAGAACAUGCUCAGCAUAUCGUCUAAUUCACUUGUGGCAAUGGCUUCUCAACUUUCCGAGGCAGAAGAAAGAGAGCGGGCCUUCACUAAUCGUGGACGCUGGAAUCAGUUGCGCUCAAUGGGAGAAGCCAAGAAUUUGCUUCAAUAUAUGUUUAAUUCUGUUGCAGAUGCUAGGUGCAAUCUCUGGGAGAAGGACAUGGAGAUCAGGGAAAUUAAAGAUCAAAUAAAAGAACUUGUUGGUCUAUUACGGCAAAGUGAGAUGAAGAGAAAGGAAGUUGAGAAGGAGCUAAAAGUGAGAGAGCAAGAUGCUGCAACAGCAUUGGCUACACCAGCUUCUGGAAACUCUCCAAAUUCAUUGAAACACUAUGAAGACAUGAAGGGAUCUCCAGUGUCUGUGCCAGUACCAAAACAGCUGAAAUAUGCGCCAGGGGUUGCUAAUGGCUUAGUGAGGGAAUCGGCAGCAUUUGUAGAUCAGGGUAGAAGAAUGAUACCCAUCGGGCAGCUGUCAAUGAAAAAACUAGCAAUUGUAGGACAAGCUUCUGGCAAGCUAUGGAGGUGGAAAAGAAGUCAUCAUCAGUGGCUUCUACAAUUCAAGUGGAAGUGGCAGAAACCAUGGAGACUUUCAGAAUUGAUUCGACACAGUGAUGAGACAAUCAUGAGAGCAAGGCCUCGCUCACAGGCUUUGCCACGUGUCAUGUGAUCUUUUUAUGAUCAGCGCAGCUGCGGUGGCCCAGUAUUUUUUGACCCGCAAGAAUUAUUCUAGACAAGUGGCAUUGGAAAUAAAAGCGCACUAGGUGCAGCAUAGUAAUAUAAGUGGUUGCUGAAAAAACAUAUACAUGUCAGUCUUGAAUAAUGCUGUCUAGAUCUUGGAAAUUUCGCCAUAAUUACUGCAUAGGGAGCAUCUGGGGAGGUGUAAUGUAACGUAUGGACAGCUACCCAAAUAAUUAAAAAGUUAAGACAUCGCUAGCUUGAAGAUAUUAGUGGAUUCUGGCCAUACAAAGUUACUGCUAAAGUUCUGUUCAUACCAACACUAGAAGAAACGAAGGGAAGAUUCUUUUGCCAAGUCUUGGAAAUGUGUAUUGAGGGUCUUCUAUUCCUUAAUGUACUUGCUUGUGGUCCCUUUGUGUUUAAGCCAAUUGAUUUUUGUUGAUAGAUUGUAUGCUGUAGUAGCAUUUGUCACAUAUCAGAAGGAAAUAAUUAUGUAGGUUUUUUUUUUUUUUAAUUCUCUAGGGCUUCUUGUGUGUAAAGAAUAUUAGGUAUUAUAUUGAAAGAGA